UCUCUCUCUCGCGGAGGUUAAACCGGUAAAUCUCCGGUCCUUGAAGAAGCGGGAAGUUUGAAAUAAGCUAACGGAAGCUAACGGCUAAAGGACUCCUUAGAAUAAACAACAGGUUAUAAAACAAACAAGUAAACAGAUGAUUGUUGUUAUGAUUGUUAUGAUCUCCAGUAGCUCUGAAGUCUCUCAGACUCUUUAUCUCUCAGUGUCUUCAGAUGAAUCAGCUCUCAUUAAAGCUUCUCUCAGCUCUCAUUAAACCCGGAUCAGAACCAGCAUGUGGUCCAGUCCGUCCUCCUCCUGCAGCUCAGAGCCCGGGGCGGUUCUGAUCCGCUCCACCAGGGUCCUGGUCCCGGAGCAGAGACCUGGUUCUGUCCGGAUCUCCGUCCAGAAGGUCCAGGAGGUCCAGGACCCUCCUCUGGUCCAGAAGAACCAGGAAAAAGCAGCUCGUCCUCGGGGAGCCGGACACCCUCAGACCGACAGACUGAAGAAACCUGGACCCCCCAAAGAGAACCGAGAGCCCAGAAGAAGACCUCCAGGGAGCGGGGACAGGAAGCUGAGCAGAGAGGCGGAGCAGCACGGUCGUGACCUGCUGACGUCUCGCUUCUCUGCCGGAGGACGAGGAGCCGUGCUCGCUGCUCUGAGACAACGCUCUCACAGCGCCCCCCCCAGGAGGGAGGUCAGAGUGCAGCUGCUGAACACAGGACAACUGGACUCCCAGCAUGCACCUGGGCCCAGCAGCUCCCAGCAUGCAGUGGGGCUCGAAGCUAAUCCUCUCGUGAAGACUCACUCAGAUCUGGAGACUCGAGUGUCUCGGCUGGCAGACGGAGUUCAGGAGAUGCUGCAGGCUGACAGGGGGCGUGGCCUGAGUCAGCUGACCCUGCAACAUCUGGAGACUCUGCACAGCCAACAGCUGCAGCAGCAGAGCCAGCUGCUGGAGUCGGCCCUCAGGAUGUUUACAGGCCACGCCCCCCUGACCUCUGACCUCGCAGCCUCAGGUCAGCCCACCUGUCUGCAGGUGACUCACCUGGACUCUGCAGAAAACAUCCUUAGCAACCAGCAGCAGAUCUCCACGGCAACCAGAGCUGCAGCAUCCUCCCUGGAGACGGUCGCUACGGCAACACCUGGCCGUGACCAACGACCAGAGCAGACCAGACCGGAUCCCAGAGGUCCUCCCAGGGUUCACCUGCACUCCUCGUCCUAUGAGAGCGUUCGGGCGGUGAGGAGAGCGAAUGAGACGCUGAGGGAGAUGAGCCGCCUGAAGACGGAGACGAAGACGCUGCUGAGGCAGCCAGAAGACUCUCUGAAAACCAGUACACCUGGACCAGACCAGCACCAGGACCAGCAGACUCAGACCCUCCAACCUGAGGACCAGAACCAACAGAACCCAGACCCUUUACAGUUCUGCCAGCCCCGGGCCAGACUCUCCCGGUCCAAGUCCCAUCAAUCCAUGUCCAAUGGAAGCACUCUCCAACAAGUCCAGUCCCAUCAAGGUCUUUUUAAACCAACCCAGUCCCAACAAAACCACCUACAGUCCUCACAAACCCAGGCCAGACACUCCCAGUCCCACCAUACCCAGUCCCAUCAUACCCAGUCCCAUCAUACCCAGUCCAAUCAAAGUCCUUCUCAACAAGUCCAGUCCCAAGAAAAAACAACUCUACCAAACCAGUUACCGUCCCAUCAGUCCUCCCAUCAGCCCCAGUCCUCCCAUCAGUCCUCCCAUCAGCCCCAGUCCUCCCAUCAGCCCCAGUCCACCCAUCAGUCCACCCAUCAGCCCUCCCAUCAGCCCCAGCCCUCCCAUCAGCCCCAGUCCUCCCAUCAGCCCCAGUCCACCCAUCAGUCCACCCAUCAGCCCUCCCAUCAGCCCCAGCCCUCCCAUCAGCCCCAGCCCUCCCAUCAGCCCCAGUCCACCCAUCAGUCCACCCAUCAGCCCUCCCAUCAGCCCCAGCCCUCCCAUCAGCCCCAGUCCUCCCAUCAGCCCCAGUCCACCCAUCAGUCCACCCAUCAGCCCUCCCAUCAGCCCCAGCCCUCCCAUCAGCCCCAGUCCUCCCAUCAGCCCCAGUCCACCCAUCAGCCCUCCCAUCAGUCCACCCAUCAGCCCUCCCAUCAGCCCCAGUCCUCCCAUCAGUCCUCCCAUCAGCCCCAGUCCUCCCAUCAGCCCCAGUCCUCCCAUCAGCCCCUCCCAGUCUGGAAGAGGCGGGUCCAGUCCCCGUUAGAGGAGGCGGGUCUGGUUCUGCGUCAGGUCCGCAGACAGAAGAAGAAUCUGGAGGAGAACCUUGAAGCUCUGCUGAGAACCAGAACCGGAGAAGUUCUGCACGACCAGCUGGAGGCGCUGGCUGCUAACAGAGACUCGACGCAGGAAGUCCGCAUCAAGAAGACGGUGGACGCCUGGAUCAACUCGCUGACCCGAGACAUCCAGGCCGAGAUGUACUCAGAAGAAGCUGCGAUGACAUCACAGCAGCAGGUUGCAGGUAGCUCCGCCCCCACAGGUAGGGCGAGGCCAGUGAGCGCGCUCAAAGGAACAGGAAGUCAGCCUGCAGGGGGGAGAGUGAGAACAGGAAGUCAGGCGGCGGGGACAGAAAGCAGAGCGCGGGGGGCGGAGCCUGAUGCUUCCUCAGGUGAGGCGUACCUGAGCCGUCUGUACGGCAGGGCGGCUUACGAGGGUCAGAGGCGGAGCCUGAAGAAAAGCCCCUACCUGCGCCUCAGCUCACCUGCCCCCCCGCCCAGCAGGAAGCCCCGCCCCCGGCUGCUGGAGACCGUCACAGGUGUGAAGGUGAAGUCCUGUAAGACUCAGACCUGUUUGGCUCCGCCCCUCACGCCAGCAACUGGACGACCUCAUGACAUCAUCAUCAGCCCCUCCCUCCUGACCUCAGGUGACCUCACACUGACCCCCGUCGCCAUGGCAAUCCCUCUAGGACGUCGCAGGAUGGACUCUUCUUCCAGGCGUGUCCCUGAGAGUCAACAGGAAGUGACAUCACCACCCAGAGCUCCUCCCCGAGAGGUUGCCGUAGGUGACGGAGUGCCUGAGCUGCAGGUGGAGGAGCCGCCGUCUACAGCUGAAGCUCCUCCUCUUCCUCCGUCUACAGCUGAAGCUCCUCCUGUUCCUCCGUCUACAGGUGAAGCUCCUCCUCUUCCUCCGUCUACAGGUGAAGCCCCUCCUCUUCCUCCUCCUGCUGAAACCUCAGAAGAAGAGGAGGAGGAGGAAGACAUAUUUCCUGGAACUCACUUCCUGUCUGUCGCUGACGUCGUCCAGCCGGAGGAGGGGAGUGCAGUGGGAGAGGAGGUCCUGCAGCUGGAGGGAGGCGCCCCCCCCCCCUUCGGACCAGUACCAGGGUCCAGUGUUCCCCCCAGAGCCUCUCCCCUCCCUCCCCCCCCAGGAAGAAGCCUCUCUACUGGGUCUACGGCUGCAGAGUGGGUGGAGCAGCAGCUGAUGUCCAGGAUGAUCUCAGAGAUGUACCGCCCCCCUCUCACUGACCCCGCCUACAACCUACCCACCGACCAAUCAGAGUGCGAGGAGCAGAGCUUCACCUCAGACACUGGUCUACAGCUGUGUGUGGUCUCUGGUGUCUCCGUGGACUCGGUUCUGGUCCGACAACUGGUCACUGAGGUUCUGAGCGAGCAGAUCGCCCUCCUGCUGGGGGAGAGAGACCCAGGGGAACCAGAACCAGAAACAAGACCAGAACCAGGAGCCGGUCCAGAACCCUGUCAGCAGGACUCCAGACCCCCUCUGGUUCUGACCCCUGCUCCGACCCCCCCGCUAAGCCCCGCCCCUUCCAGCAGAGAGACUCCACCUCUGGCCACGCCCCCUCCCUCUGAACCAACCAGCAUCCUGAGCCAAGAGUCCCCUCAGCCAAUCAUAGCGCCAGAGCCUGUAGCCACGCCCCCUUCCAGCCCAGAGCCCGCCCCCUCGGUAGGAAGUCCUGAAGCCCCGCCCCCUCCCGCCUGCGAAGAUGCUGAGCUGCCAUUGGACGAGGAGAGAGCCGAGGAGACACACCCACAUCUGGAGUCAGAAGCAGCAGGGGAGGAGCCUCCUCUCUCCCCCCCCUCCUCUCCCCACCUGUAGCUCCUCCCCCGCAUGUAGCUCCUCCCCCACAUGUAGCUCCGCCCCCUCCAGCUGCUCCUCAGUGACUGAAGCAGCGCUGAGACACAUCUCAGAGGGGGAG